AAGGCAACAUCGUCUCGUUUCUUCGUUCCCUCCCUCCCUCCCUCCUCCUCGGUUUCUCCUUCUUCACAAUCCUCUGCGUCUUCCUCUUCCACUUCCCUUCUCUCUAUCCGGCUCUCCGGCGAAGAUCUCAGGCAUCGCGGCAACUGCUCGCUGGGACUAGAAUUUCUCCCCAAUUUCUCCGACUCGUUCUAAGUCCCAGCCAUGAAUCCCGAAUAUGACUAUUUGUUUAAGCUUUUGCUAAUUGGAGAUUCCGGUGUCGGCAAGUCAUGUCUACUUCUGCGGUUUGCUGAUGAUUCAUACUUGGAUAGCUACAUCAGCACAAUUGGAGUUGACUUUAAAAUUCGCACUGUGGAGCAGGAUGGGAAGACUAUCAAACUUCAAAUUUGGGAUACUGCUGGCCAAGAACGAUUUAGGACAAUCACUAGCAGCUACUACCGUGGUGCUCAUGGUAUCAUUGUUGUUUAUGAUGUCACAGACCAAGAGAGCUUCAACAACGUUAAGCAAUGGCUGAAUGAAAUCGACCGAUAUGCAAGUGAAAACGUGAACAAACUUCUAGUUGGAAACAAGUGCGAUCUUACGGCAAAUAAAGUUGUGUCCUAUGAGACAGCCAAGGCAUUUGCAGAUGAAAUUGGAAUCCCAUUCAUGGAAACAAGUGCUAAGAAUUCCACUAAUGUUGAGCAGGCCUUCAUGGCUAUGGCUGCUGAGAUCAAGAACAGGAUGGCAAGCCAACCGAUGAACAACGCCAGGCCUCCAACAGUGCAGAUUAGGGGACAGCCUGUGAACCAAAAGUCUGGUUGCUGCUCUUCUUAGAGGGGG